UAACGAUCAGACCGAUAAUGUCUUAAAAAGAGAAACAGAGUCUACAUUUUGGUUUUCUUCUUCCUGUAUGGACUAUUUCUGGAUACAGAACCUUAAAGCAUCAUGUUGACUGUCCAUAAAAUGCAUUUUAGCAUCUUCUUGCUGUUGUGGGGAUGGGUUUUAUUCACUGAAUGCAGAGCCCAUCGACAAGGCAAGGAAAUACAUGAGGUAUACAAGAAAGGCAGCCGGCCGCAGAGGCAGAGGCGGGAAGCCCACGGCGAGGCGCACAAGCAAGGCAGCCCAAUUCUAAAACGAAGCCCCGACAUCACCAAAUCUCCACUGACAAAGUCAGAGCAGCUGCUGCGAAUAGAUGACCAUGACUUCAGCAUGAGACCAGGUUUUGGAGGCCCUGCAAUUCCUGUUGGUGUAGAUGUCCAAGUUGAAAGUCUGGAUAGUAUUUCUGAAGUGGAUAUGGACUUCACCAUGACCCUUUAUCUGAGGCACUACUGGAAAGAUGAAAGGCUGUCCUUCCCAAGCACCAACAACCAAAGCAUGACGUUCGAUGGCAGGCUCGUGAAGAAGAUCUGGGUCCCCGACAUGUUCUUCGUCCACUCCAAGCGUUCCUUCAUCCACGACACGACCACUGAUAAUGUCAUGCUGCGAGUCCAGCCAGAUGGGAAGGUACUUUAUAGUCUCAGAGUUACAGUAACAGCAAUGUGUAACAUGGAUUUCAGUCGCUUUCCCCUGGACACACAAACAUGUUCCCUGGAGAUUGAGAGCUAUGCCUACACUGAGGAUGACCUCAUGCUGUACUGGAAGAAUGGGAAUGACUCCCUAAAAACGGAUGAGAGGAUAUCUCUGUCCCAGUUCCUGAUCCAGGAGUUUCACACCACCACAAAGCUCGCAUUUUACAGCAGCACAGGAUGGUACAAUCGCCUGUACAUAAACUUCACCUUGCGCCGACACAUCUUCUUCUUCUUGCUCCAAACCUACUUCCCUGCCACUCUCAUGGUUAUGCUGUCCUGGGUGUCUUUCUGGAUUGAUCGUCGAGCAGUACCUGCCAGAGUCCCUUUAGGGAUAACCACCGUGCUGACCAUGUCUACGAUCAUCACAGGAGUGAAUGCCUCCAUGCCCCGUGUUUCCUACAUCAAAGCGGUGGACAUUUACCUAUGGGUCAGUUUUGUGUUUGUCUUCCUCUCGGUGCUGGAAUACGCAGCAGUGAAUUACCUGACUACAGUGCAAGAGCGGAAGGAGAGGAAACUCCGGGACAAGCUUCCUUGUGCGUGCAGCCUCCCUCAGCCGCGGCCCAUGAUGAUGGAUGGCAGUUAUAACGAUGGUGACGUGAAUGAACUGGGGCACUAUGUGUCUGAGAAUGGAGACAAACAAGACAGAAUGAUGGUGCAGCUGGCGCUGGGGUCUGAAAGGGGCUCAAGCAGGAGGAAAAAUCAGAGAUAUGUCAGCAUGCGGAUCGACACUCACGCCAUUGACAAAUACUCCAGGAUAAUAUUCCCUGGUGCAUACAUUCUGUUUAAUUUGAUAUACUGGUCCAUUUUUUCAUAAACAUACAUAACUUCUGUAUUCACAGAGCAUUGCGUCAUUUUAUGAAAGUGCAGUCUCACAGGCUAACAGGAAGAAAAUGGGAAAUGUUUUAAUUUGAAGAAAAAUUGUUUUCAGGAUUUCUAUUUUUUUUUACUAUAUAUGUCUCAUCUGUGGCAUAAAUAUCUCUGUGCAAGUUUCACAUUUGAGCUAAAUAUAGGAUAUACAAUCUAACAUUUUAUACUUAACGCUGUGCUAUGUUCCUUCUUGUGCCUCACAGGCCACUGUAAACUAUUUUAAUAAGUGACAGUAAUUGCCAGUUGCUUAUAUACAGUGCAUCCUCCAUUUUGUGACCCUGAAAUUCUAACGCUCUAAGUACUUGAGUGCAGGCAUACAUUUCUGGACUCAGCAGACCUAUCACAUUCAAUACCAACAAAUACAAAGAAUAUGCAAAUAUAUGUGUGUUUGCAAGAUGAUGGUUAUCAGAAGCACAAAUUGUCCAGCACCAGGAAACACUUUGGCAAGGUUAUUGAUGGCUGAAGUGUGCUUCCACUGUUUAAAACAUGCUGCGCUAGCAGUACUGAACUGACAGAUCCAAGUAGUAAUACAUUUUAGGAUUCAGCUCUGUCUUGAUCACACUUAAAAGCAAAGUAAUCUUUCCAGCCUGUUUUGACUAUCCUUUUAAAAUUACUUAUACUGUACACUUGCUAAGGAAUCCACCCAGUCUGGACGAAAGUCAGAUUUUCUUCAAUGAUAACUAAAUCACAGGAGCUCUCCUUGGAUUUGCUAACUUGGGUCAGUGGGAAUUUUGCUCUUGAGUUUCCUGGGAGAGGGAACAGGGUUUUCUACAAAAUGUUGCACUGAGGACAAACAGAUCUACAACCCCCCACCUAUUACAGAACAAACCACUUCUCUCUGAGAUUGUCUAGGUGUUACUGGUUAGUAACAGAGUUGCAGCUUGCUGUAAAUUCUUGUUCCUGCUAAAGCCAUCAAUAAUUCCACUCUCUUCCAGGAAGAACCUAGUCCAUUUUUAGUAAAAACAUAAUAGAAUGAUGCUCAACAGGUUACAAAACACUUGUAAGGCCUUUAUAUCUGAGUUACUAAAGAUACCAUGCCGAAAGCUUUGGAAUGAAGUAACAGGAGUUUCCAUUUGCGGACCCAGGUACCUCUAACCACCUCUGCUUUGAUGCUGCUUCCACCGCGCCAGCACCCCACUGCCCCCCAUGCCCAUGCUUCCAGGGUAGGAGCAAGGAGACACAGCGGAGCUGAGGGUACUCGGCAUUUACUUAAGUCCCCGCUCUCCAUCACAUUUUCUGCACAACAGCUAGCCAGCGUAACUAUUCUAUAUGGAAAAGGCAACAUCUGUAAUACAGAAGUAGCAAACAUAUAAAUUUCAGGAAAAUAAGAAUGUGCUGAAUAGAGUCAGGGGCCCUUACAGUAACAGCAUUACUGAAGAUUUCUCAAAGAAAGCUGAGUUGCUCAGUCAGUCUGCCAUCAUAUCUUCUCUGUAUAUAUCUAUAUGGCUAAACGAUAGUGGCAGGUGGCAGAAUUUUAAACACAUGCACACUUUUGCACACAGUUGUAAAACUCUUCAUGUGCACAGGAACAACACUGUUUCCUGCAGAGCAGAUGCUAUUGUCUUUUACACUUGUAGCUGCUCUAAGGAUCAGACCAAAGAAGUGGCAUCUCCAAAAGGCAAAUGAACCUUCUCACGUGGCAUCUGCUCUGGACCAACUUAUCUGCUACUCUGUGCACUGUGCUAGACAUAAUGCACAUUGAAAUUGUUUGAAUGCUGCUGAUUCUUGCUUUUAAUUUCAUAUGUAAAUAAAUUUAAUGUAAAAACACUCAGCAUUUCUUAAAACUGCUGAAAUCAUGACCUGCAAAAGCGUAACUGCACUGCAUACUGCACUUACAGCCUACAAUCCACAGGUAAGGCAAAGAAAUCACAUAAGUUAAGAUCAUUAAAAGACACACACAGCCAUAAGAUAAUGUUACUACUAAUUUCUACAUAGCUUUUUUCACAUAUACAUACGAUCUGAGCUUUGUCUCACCAAGUUUCCUUCAUAUUGUGUCAUUCUCUAGUGAGUUUUUCCAAGAGAUGAAAAAAUAUAUAUUUUCUUAAACCAUAAACAUUUCAAUCAGAUGAAGAUGACUGGCAAAAGCAAAUGAAAGGCUAGCCAUGAGGUUUGGUCACACUCCCUCAGUCUGAAUGACAUUUUACUCCACAAAUAGCUCCAAGAUUUUGGGGGGAUGGCUUGCAUAGGAACGUAUUCAGGUUCUCAGCAUUACAAGAACGCAUUCAUUUUCAUGAUUAUAAGAAUAGCACAAACAGGAGUGCCAGACUUUGUAAUAAGCUGCCCAGAUAUUAAAUAUGUGAACUACACUACUUCGUAAGAAGCCUAAUGCUAUGUAGUUUGCUGCACUAGUACUUUAUAUUUCCUUGUAGGCUCAUUAACUUUAUACUACAAACAUUCUUCAACCUCUGACCAGCAUAUUAAGGGAGAUUUUGAAGAUACAAAUGGCAGCUGGACUUUCAAGUUCCCUGACUUUCAGUGGGAGACUGGUUUCUAACUGCUUGUGGGAUUCUGAAAGUUUAUCUUCUGAUAUGUCUUCCUAACUGGACUCCCCAGCCUCCAUGUUUGGAUUUACAGUGUUAAUUUUUGUGUUUUACUUUGGAAACUCUAGUGCCUUUUCAAUCUUAUGUAUAUGUGUAUAUAUAUGUAUUCUAUAACAACAGGAUAUGUCAUAUACAGCCCGUGUUUGCUAUCAAGGAUUGCAACCAUUAAACAUACUUACAUAAACA